GCUUUGCGAUCGAAGGAGCAUCUUAAGGCUGGUGAUACACCAAAAGGAAAGAAGCUAAGCCUCUUACAAUGGGCCAACUCGCAGAGCAGCAACGGUCGGGUCGAGAGUGAAGAGAAACCUCCGCAAACGUCUGGUGGUGCUUCUCUUUCAGUUCAACUCACUCAAGGUCUCAUGUCCAAUGAUGUGAUAAAGCUUGAUAGCGUUCUCCGUGAGGUCAGAGUCGAGAUCAUACAGGCAACACUGUUGGAUCUCCAAGUGUCUCAUGUGGUUCCUCUGUUGAAAGCUUUGUUCGAAAGACUUAGCAGUCGGUCUGCAACUAAUAUAAAACCUUGGAUCUUGUGGAUACAGUGCAUAUUAUCUCUUCAUGCGUCCUAUCUGAGUUCGAUACGAAAUCUGGAAACUGAAUUAAGUGGACUGCUGGAGUGGAUGCGUCAGCGUAUUGGCCAUCAGCAAAAACUACUUGAACUCCAUGGUAGACUGAGCAUUGUUGGAGAACAGAUUGGACGUCGGAUGAAUCGCACAGUUGUUGUGGCACCGCAACCUCUCAUAGUUUUUAAUGAU